ACCACAUCGCCGCCUAGGCGUGGCCCCCCCUAGUAAAAUUUCCCCCUUACACACUACUACAUUAAAUACAGUGAUGAAGCAAUUAUUAGUCGUUAGAGCAGAGCCUCAUUCCGAUCCUCAAAAUGUCGUGUCCUACGUAUACCAUGGUGCUCACUUCGGCUGAGACAGCCCGCUUUCAUACCAGGUUUCUCCAUGAGGUAGUUUAUAAUGAACCGUAGCAAUCAUCAGGUACCUUAGGUACGCAAGGCUGGAAGGGACCUCGGGAUACACCAUGCCAACUUUUAUACGGGCGACGGGCGUACCCCAAGUAGACCGAAUUGAGGCUCUUUUGUGCAGGAAUACGUUAAAACAUGGAACUCCCCGGGGUAGUGCUAUUAGGUGUCAGAACCUACCUAACCUACCUAACCUCUACCUUCAUCCCUCUCUCAAACUUCAACGUGUGCUACCAACCUUCCUUGAUCAAACCAACACACAGUUUACCUACCCGUUUCUUCCUUAAACUUGACCCCUAAGUUCGCCUCAAGACAGAUGACACCAAGGACCUUGUUGAUCACCCCGCCAAGGACAGUAUCAAAACUACAACGGUUACCUUACGAAAUAAUGGCUUAUAUCGUGGAAUAUCUAGACAUAGAUGAGAUAUUCGACUUAUCUCUAUCCUGUCGUCACUUCCAGUACUUGGUAAAAGAAGAGAGCUUCUGUAGAGCUAUUAUUGCCACCCAAGCCUCACACACAGCCGAAGCCCGAGAGGCACAGCGUACUGGUCAGUUCUCUCGCGCUCUGCGGCGAGUUGCAAAAAGACGCCAGGCAUUUUCACGAGCGUCUCCAUACGUAGUAGGUAUCGUCGCUCUAGCCGACUCUUAUGAAUAUAUCCACGGGAUACUUUGCUAUAUCGUCGAGGCCCGGCCCAAGCGCUGGUUACGGAUCCUCGACCUUCACGGUUCAGCAAGCUAUGAGCUCGUUGUAGAUAUUCCCACCCUGGUUCAAGAGGCCGUGCCGAGAUCAGCCACGAGUCGUAAAUACAAGUUCCGGGUCUUAUAUCACGCGAACGGUAUUACUUCGUGCUUAUUUUCAUUCGCGCUGCCGAACACGGAGAAUUGGCUUUUGAUCUUCAAAGCCGAUGAGCAGCUAAUAGUAGCAGCACUUCAGCUAGACUCCGCAGCUAAGAUAUUCGUACGAAAUAAUAAAGACUAUCUUUAUGUUGGAACGCAUUCAGAAGAAGGGGCAGAUGGGUUUAGAAAAUGGGUGCUCAUGGGCUACGACAUCGAAAAGCGUUCUUGGUUUUCCCGGAAAAUGCAUUUAACAGACUUUGUCGGCUACGACAUUGGUUCUACGGUCUGCUUCGAAAUUAUAGACGACUAUUUUUACGGACUUUCUAACCAGACAGAUUUUGAAAUCAGGGAAACGGAUUGGAAUUCCUACUAUCAUUGCUUUCGCUUUCCCCUAGAUGACCCGGAUGUUAAGAAUAAGCAAACCAUGAAGACGAAGGACAGCUGGAGGAGACAACACGGCGAAGGCCCCAUAGACGACAGAUGGAGCUUUCUUAAAUUGGAGAAAGACGAGGCUUCGGGUAGAAUAAAUAUUGUCGAGUCACGAAAGGAAUGGCUCAACAAGAAGAGUGGUAGCCUACAGAGUGGUAGUCUGCGGACUUAUUACGUUACAGAAGUAAUUUUCGAUGAAAAUUCCAAGCCUGAUAGCGACGGAGAAUCCGCAACGGCCCAUGGCAAUUUGCCAGCUGAACAAAUAAUAACCUCGUCUCUCACAAGGUAUCUUAACAAACCGCCAGGCUCAGAUAUACGAUUCCGUUCCCCCGAAAAUGUGCACCCAGGAGAUGAUAGCUCGAUGGCUCUCGUCUUUACGCGAAGCCAGACGCACCUGCGGGCCUACCAGCGGUGUUGUAGCACCUAUUUGGAUUUGGUCGACGACGUCUCUAGCGGAUCAUUAGGUCCACGACAUUUACGCCUUAGGACCGGCUUUAGAAAAUCACAGACUUAUUGGCCUUCCUGGAAGUACUCGGAUUAUAAUUAUGAGGUGGAACCGAAGCAGAAAUCUAAUGAAGAACCGGCAUACCCCUAUCAGCCUAACAGGGUUUACUUUUGGCCCCCAAAACAGGACACAUCAAACCGAACCCCGUUCGUAGACGACAUUUAUCAGAUACUAAACCCUCCCGGCUGUCUAGGUGGUAUUAUUUCCACUAGCGAUGAGCGUUCGGUAGUGUACGCAACAGGAGAAGAUACAAACGGACUCAAGAUUUUGGUUUAUCUCAGUUUCGAUCCAGCAGCUAGACUGGCUGGCAUGCUUCGGGAGAAAUACGUACUGGGCGAGCAAGACAUGUCAAGUCUACCGAGUAACGAGACAGAAGGGGGCUAUCACAGCCUCGAAGCGGGAAAGGACCGGUGUAUGCGACAUUUCGGGAGCACAGACAAGCUUAUUGGCGACCUUUCUCGUCAUCCUUUGCCUUCAUAUAUAUCCGAUAUCCCGUCUAUGCAUACAGCGAUAAUGUCACCUCCCGAAGGAUGUAAGCCAUGGGCUUCGACCGAGCAGCCCAUGUAUUGGAACCUUCCAGGGAAAAUUUUCGCCUUUGCUCAUUAGAGCUUAACAGGACAUUCUACCCAGGAGACCAAUUUGCCUCAGUCACAUAUGUCGUUAUGAUGGGUUGGUUACAUUUACCCUGCAGCCAA